AUGGCUAUGGAUGAUUAUUUACUGCAGGAUAUUACUCAAUUAGAAAAUCAGCCUACCAGAGAUAAAAAAUUAACAGAAGUUAUGGAAGGAUUAAGUGUAACAGGCAUCAAUAACAACAACAGAAAUAAUGAUUUAAGCAAAAUCACGGAAAGAACGGACGAUGAGCUGGGUGAUAUGACCCAUUACUUGUCACAAUACAUUUUCGUGAUUAAGUAUAAGCCGGGAAAAGAUAACGUGGAAGCAGAUUGUCUAAGCAGAAAUCCGGUGUUCGAGUGCAAUGAAAAUGAAGAAGAUAAACUGCAAACGUACAAAUUUCAUGCGAAAAUAGAUGAUCAAAUCGAUAAAGCGAAUGUAGCCAUGACACAAGGCCUAAUUGGUAAACUUAUGUCUGUGCUAGAGUCGACUUUGACGAAACUGGCACGUUACGAUGAGGGCAGUCUAAUUGGUUCUAUACUCAGCUUUACUAAUGUAUCCAGCUCAGGAAAGGAUCUCGGCCAAGGUUAUGUAAAUUUCUUUCGCAACAAUAUGGAUCAAGUACGGGGUAAAAUCGGUGACGACUUAUGGACUUUGAAUUUUUUCGAACAGUGGUACACACAGCAGAUUAAUAUGCUUUGCAAUUGGCUCUCGGAGCGGUUAGAUCAUGCACUCCACUAUGCCCAAGUUACAUCGAUAUCGCACAUAACAAAGAAAAUAUAUUCAGAUUUUGAGCUGCAAGGUGUAUUGGAGGAUAAACUCAAUUCCAAAGCAUACCAAACUGUUGCUCAGCGUGUGGCCACUGAGGAGGCAACGUGCGCACUCAGCAUGCCCGAUGUCGCUGAGUGUGAGGACAACAUGGAUACCAUACAGGGUGAGGGUGGGGUCGAAGAUGUUACCGGAGACGAGGUAGCCGGCAGUAGCAGUACUGGCGGCAUUUCACGAGGUUUACCAAAACCAAAAAUUGCCGCUGCACAAGCAGCGGCCGUAACAAACGUUGUGGCUGGUCGUGUUGGCAAUUUGCUGGGCAAAGCUAUAGAUAGCACCUGUUACAUAGCACCUUUAUGUAAGAUUAUCGCAAGGAGAGAAAUAGGAGAGUGGUACGUAACUCGCGCGUUCACCCACUAUCGAACGAAUGUACACGCACGUACAAAAUUAUUCACACAACAACUAAUUUUGGGUUCAAGAAGCUGUGUCUUGAGAAAAAAUUAAUGUAAUUAAAAAUGUUAUUCUAAGAAAAAUACACAAAUAUAUUGUUUAUUUAAAACUAACAUAAA